UUUAUGUCAGCAAGAAAUCAACUCCAAGUUGCUAUAUAUACAAAUGUAACUAACAUCUUUUCAUACCUGCAAAAAGAAUGGCAACAUCAAAAAUUGUAGGAGAGGAUGUGAAACUAUUAGGACACUGGGCAAGCAUUUUUGUGGUAAGAGCACGGAUUGCUCUUAAUCUCAAAGGGGUUUCCUAUGAGUUCCUUGAAGAAGAAAUAGGGAGCAAAGCAGAGCUAGUGAAGAGUGAGCUGCUUUUAGAGUCAAACCCUGUAUACAAGAAGAUCCCAGUGCUCAUUCAUGGUGGAAAGCCUAUAUGCGAGUCUUUGAUCAUUGUUCAGUAUAUUGAUGAAGCUUGGGACAGGAGAGGACCAUCCAUUCUUCCCUAUGAUCCCCAUGAUCGAGCCCUUGCUCGAUUUUGGGCGGUCUACGUCGAUGAGUUUAUUACCCAGUGGAUUGUUUCCUUUUUCACGAUGCUGAGAGCAAACACUGAAGAAACCAAGACUGAAGCAACAGAGAAAACCAUCACAGGCCUGCGCAAUUUAGAGGAAGCAUUCACAAAAUGCAGCAAAGGGAAGCAAUUCUUCGGAGGAGACGCCAUUGGCUACCUCGACAUCGCUCUCGGCUGCAACCUGGGUUGGAUCAAAGCAGCUCCAGAGUUGAGCAGCGUCGAGCUUCUUGAUGCCACAAAGACUCCGAAGCUAGCAGCAUGGGCGGAGCAGUUCUGGGCCCAGGAUGCAGUGAAGGGAGUGCUGCCGGAUGCUUCAAAGUUUGUGGAAUUUGCUAAUAUGAUCCGGGCUCGAAAAACAGCAUAGGGAAUAGAACUAUGUACGAUGCAAUGUCUUGAUUCUAAAUAAGUUACAAAGACAUGAUAUAUUUGUUAAGUACUACUUUGCAAUAAAAAUUUUCUUCAAUA